AUGUUCAACCGCAAAUUCUCCAUCAAUCGGCACACCGGUGUGCCUAAGCCCAGGCGCUUCAGUGUCGGCGAGAGUAGCGCCAAUGGCCAUCAAGCCCACGCUGGUCUCGACGCUUCCCGCUCCUCUACCGGUGUUGUCUGGUGUACUGAGCGCGCUGCCGAGUACGGUUUCCUCGAGGACCCCGACUCAUGGGCCAAUCUGGGCCAGGGCGCCCCCGAAGUCGAGGACGAUAUCGCCGGCUGCUUUCCUCGUCCUACAACUAUCGACAUCUCCAUGGCCGGUCGUGAGUAUGGUCCCACAGCCGGCAUCAAGCCUCUUCGCGAGGCUGUAGCCAACCUGUACAACGUCAUGCAUCGCCAGGGCAAGCAGAGCCAAUACACCUGGGAGAACGUCGCCAUCGUCCCUGGAGGCCGUGCCGGCCUGAUCCGCAUUGCCGCCAUUCUCGGAAACUCCUACUUGUCUUUUUUCUUGCCUGACUACACGGCGUACAACGAGAUGCUCUCCCUAUUCAAGAACUUCUCUGCCAUUCCUGUUCCUCUUGCGGAGGAGGACGGCUAUCAUAUCCAUCCUGAUCGUAUCUCUGAAGAGAUUUCCCGCGGCUCCUCCGUCAUUCUGACCUCGAAUCCCCGCAACCCCACUGGUCGCGUCGUUGCGAACCCCGAGCUGGCUGAGAUCCAAGAUAUCUGCCGUGGUCGUGCCACCUUCAUCAGUGAUGAAUUCUAUUCCGGGUACAACUAUACUAGCAACUGCGACGGCAGCACGAUCUCCGCGGCGGAGAACGUAGAGGACGUCGACGAGGAUGAUGUCCUUAUUAUUGAUGGUUUGACCAAGCGCUUCAGACUUCCAGGCUGGCGUAUUGCUUGGAUUCUUGGUCCCAAGGAGGCUGCCAUUCCCAUGCUUGACCCGACGCUCGUGAAGGAGGAAAUGGUCUUCCUUCAGAAGCAUUUCCGCGACAAGCGUGACUACGUUGUUCGCAGACUGCGCGAGAUGGGGUUCGUCAUCAAAUACGUGCCCGAUUCCACUUUCUAUCUUUGGCUAAAUUUGGAGGGCCUCCCUGACGCCAUCUCGGACGGCCUCAACUUUUUCCAGGCUUGCUUGGAGGAGAAGGUCAUCGUCGUCCCUGGCAUCUUCUUUGACUUGAAUCCUUCCAGACGCCGUGACCUUUUUGACAGCCCCUGCCACCAUUUUGUCCGUUUCUCGUACGGCCCGAAGAUGGAGACCCUCAAGAACGGCCUCGACGGCAUCGAGCGCGUGGUUAACAAGUUCAAGAAGUCUAGCGGCUAG